AUGCUUCCUUCACUGGCUCUUAGCUCGUCCAGCUUGGACCAGUUCCGCAAGAACGUCUACCGGCCCAGGCUCUGUCUCCUCCUGCUGCUCGUCCUCCUCAGUCCUCACAACACCAGCCAGCUCGCUUCUUUCGAUCACUCCGCUCCAGCCACUAGCAUCAGCCAGCCAGCACAGCCAGCACAGCCGAGCUGGGGUCUCAGUGUUAUCGAUGGCCUAAUCGUAGCCGCGCCACCACCCGCAUCCCAGCUGCUUUCGGCUCUCUCCCUGACCGCCCCGCACAGCGAGUCGGCCCUUCCGAAUGGUGCAUCGCAUCCCUCUCCCGCCCCGUCGCGAUCUCCGACGGAGCAAGAUGGCGCAGCGCCGUCUAUGCAGCAGGGACAGCCUCCGCCGGGCUCGCUCUUCCGCUUUCCCAAGCUGAGCUGGGGUCUGCUCGUAGACGAGCACGUGCUGCCUGCGCUCGUCACCCUGCAUCUCCUCUGGGCGAUCCGUCUGGCCGGUAUGGCCGUGGAGGACGGAGCGGUCAAGAAUUCGCUGUUGGGUGCAAAGUCGCGCUUCUUCGCGGUCACCCUUCCCGUGCUCUACCUCGGCGUGCUCUCGUGUCUGGCCCUGCUUGCCGGUCUGCCCGUGACCAUGGCGGCGAUAGGUGCAAGGUGCCGCGUCUGGCGAGAGGCGCUCGGAUUUGCCCCUCUUCGCACUCUCACCGUCGAUCGCAAGCCCAGCUUCCGUGCGGACGGACUGCUGCCCGCAUCGCUCUUCGUGAUGCUCGAGAUGGCCAGUACUCUUGUGCAUCUGCUCAGCGUCCUGCCCAAGAUCGACGCCUCGCCCUUCUCACACAUGCUGCCCGCGCAGCUCAGGCUGCCAUCACCUUCGCACAUGCCGCCGCUCGUGGAGCUGCUUCCUCUCCCGCAGUUUAUCAAGGCGGCGCUCACCGAAUCAGCCACAAUGCCUCAUCCAUCCAGGUACGCUGGCCGUCGCAGGCCCAUGAUGCCGCCACUGCGUUCGGCGAUGCCGACAACCGCAGACACUGCCACAGCACAACAUCAGGCACCACAGCAGCAGCCCAUGAGCGCAACGUCUGUCGACGCAGUACCCAACCCCGCCGGCGAGCCCACCGCGCGCCAGACCUACCGCCGCGUCGGAGCACCUGAAGACGAGGUCAUCAGCUCCCCGAGCGUCACGCGGCCCAUCGCGCCUCUCACUUUGCCCGAGAAUGAUGCUGCACAGCCGGGCAGCUCGCCCUCGGCAUCUCGGCGUCGACGCGCACCUCGCCUGCGCGGCCAGUCGGUGCUCGUCUCGACCAAGUGGUUCUCGGACACAGCCACGGCGCUAUUCGACAAAGCCAUGGGUGCGCUCAUCUACUCGGUCAUCACGCUGCGGCUGCCGACGCUCUCGCCGACCUCGCUACCGCCUGUGCUGUCGCUGCUCAGCCUGCGCUCCGAGCUCGCCUCGCUCACGCAGGUGUGGACGCGCGCUCGCAGCUCCGUCGAGUGUCUCGAGUUUGUACGCCGCCGCUGGGGCGUGCAGCUCGAACGAGCGCAGGACCCCUACACCUCGGUCGUGCGCUCUCGUGCAAGCGCCGCUGCGGGCGACUACAAGUGGAAGUCGUACGACGACGUCUACUGCGCCAUCUGCUUUGAGAUGACGCGCCCAAAAGCAGCUGCGGAAAUCAUGCCAGAGCCGACAGGCUAUAGCGACGAUGGCAACGCAUCGCAACAGCCAAACAGGUUCGAAUUCUGCCGGCUCGAUUGCGGCCACGAGCUUCACGACGUCUGCCUCGUCUCCUGGCUCACAGCGCAGGCGUUUUGCCCGACGUGCCAUGUAGUUCUCAGUUUCAGCCCGCGUGCUUCUAGUCGUCGCUCGACGAGCCAGACGUGA